CAAAAUCACUGUGCAAUAUUCUUGAGAAUUUGGUUAACUCUGCGGGGCGAGAGAAAUGAAAAGAAGCUACGGUAAUCAACACUACAAAGUCGACACAUAUCAAAAAGUUUGUCAUCAACGCGCCAUGAGCGGCAAAGCUAAAGGCAACAGCAGCAGCAGCAGCCGCGAUAGUAUACGAUGUUUCGUUUAGAGACCGACCGGUAAUCAGUGAAGUGGCCGCGAUAAACAGCAGUAUGCUAAACUUUUACUUUACGGAAAUUUUAAAUAAAUAAACCAAAAGAAAAAAUAAAAACAGACAGACGAUAGGAAAUCACCACCAGUUAGUCCUGCGGUAUCCACAACUCCCGCUUAUACCACCAACACCACAAAUACAACAGCAUCGCCGGCUGCUGUGGCCACGCCCAUCAGGAGUACUACACAAACCCAACCAACGAAAGUGGUUCAAAAUUCCUCUCAAACUAAGGAUAAGAAUACAAUUCAAAGCACAACCACCACUACCAAUAAUAAUAACAAUAACAAUAAUAUGAAUAAUAACAACAAUAAAUCAUCUCCUGACUCCAACAACAAAGCAAAUCAAAAUAACACCGCCACCACAACAACCACUACCAAUAACAAUGGUUCCACUGCUGAAGCAGUUAAACCCAAACAAUCGACUGGAAAUAUGAUUAAGAAUUUCUUCAAGUCCUUUGUGCCACCAGUGCGUGACGAGGAAAGUGAGACACAACGUAAGGCUCAUGCCAAGCGGGUGCGUGAGACAAGACGUUCAACCCAGGGUGUGACCUUGGAUGAAAUCAAGAGUGCUGAAGAAUUGGUGAAAAAGAAGAACUCCAGUAUGAAUAACAAUAACAACAAUAACAGCAGCAGUAAUGAAUUGCAAGGGAAUGUUGGAAAAACCAACGAAGCAACCACAACAACAAUGACGACGGUAAUGACAAAUACGCCUGUCGUAACAGCAACAAUUCCAGCAGCAACAACAACAUCUACACCCGAUUCCAAGCCAAGUGUUGAGCCAACAAAGGAUAACAAGCCUCAAACUGUUGAAGAUGAUGAAGAUGUGACAACAGCCUCGUUUACAAUUAAAGCUCCCUCAGCUGGCAAUCGUUCGAGGCCCUCAUCGUUAAUAGUGACCGCCAAGACUUCCACAACAGCAGCCAAUGAGGUGGAUCAAUUGCUGGAGAAUAUUACGGCAAAUGCAGCGGAUGCAGAAGAGGAAGUAAGUGCCACCUUUGUAAUGCCGCCAAGAAAAGAUUCUCGUACCCCCACACCGACCUCAAGAAGUCAGGCGUCCAUGGAAGCGGAGGAGGUUGAAACUACCAUAGUGAUAGCUUCACCACGCAGAAAUGUGGUAGAGAAAGCCAUAACCGAUGAUGAAAAGGAUAAACAGAGAGAAGAACAGCAGGAGGCGGCUAGCGUUGGAGAUGGACCCAAUAAGAUUGCGGAGGAUACCACAAAUGAAAGUGAUAAGGAAGAAGAGGAAGCGGGAACGGCUGAAGAAGAUGAGGAGGAGGAUGAGGAUGAAAAGGAGGAAGACGAAGUGGAAGAAACAGAAAGUAGUGAUAACACGGAAAAUACCACAGCCGAUGACAGUGGCGGUAACAAUGAAAUCGAAGACGGCACUGCAGCGCAUAAAAAGACUGAACCUCCUCCCUCAUUGCAGGGUAAUAAACCUGCCGUUAGCCCACAACCCAUAAGGGUGCAAUCUCCUCCCAGCAGUCAGAGAGCCCAGUCAAGUGAACGCAUACGAGCUGCCUUCUUUAGUCCCCUACCCCUGACUAGUGUCCCCACGGCAGCAACCACCACCACGACCACGAUUACCACACCCACAUUGGAGAGCCCUGUACGCUUGCGGGACAAGCGUUCCAUAUUCGAUAUGGAUAAUGCCAACUCACAGACCCUGGCCGAUAGAUUACGGCUCGAGGCAAAUCGUUAUGGGUUUGAUGAGAAACGUGGCUUUUAUAGUGAUACUGGCAGUUCGCUACCGCCACCACAAAUGUCACAUGAAAAUAGCUCCGAACGUGACAUUAGCAUGUCACCAUUGUUUGGUAAUUUGGGUCAUAGUUCCAAUGCAGGCGGCACAGCCACAGCCGGUAGUGGCUACAGCUACAAUAGCCGUCGUAGUUUAGAUUCUUCCUCCUCAGCUUCUCUGCCCAACUCCCCAUUCCAUACGAGGGAUCGGGAAACUGGGGGUAGUGAAAAUCAUGCCCACAAUGCGGGCUCAACAACUUCGGGUACAAAUGCUGAUCGUAGACCUUCGUGGCGUUUGAAAUUUGAUGCUGGUUCUAAGUUUAAAUUAGAGGAUGCCAAUGCCGGCAAUACAUAUCCACCGACCAAUAGCACCAUCAUACCAAGUGCUCCAGCGGUUAUUGCUGCUGCCAAUUCCAUGUCACAGCGUAGAAUCAAUAAUGUGAACAAUGCAAUUUCUUCAUCCAAUACAUCAUUGAAUUCAAUUGGUAGACCCGUUUCGGCCCCACCGAUUAGUAAUUUAAGCAGCGGCAUCAACAACACCUCAUCAAACAACACCACCUCCUCAGCAACAACAACAGCAACCAGUUCCAGCAAUAAUCAAAAGAGCGAUGACAAAACAACUGAUAAUAGUUCCACAACAACCAAUACCACCAGCAGUAGUGGAAUCGGUUCUUCAUAUUCAGCACGUCGUGCCAGUGCCAAUACAUCAUCAUCAGCAUCGUCUACAACCGCCUUAAAUUCUGAAACAUCAUCUGCAGCCUCAGCGGCUGGUAGCACCUCCUCCACAGCUACCAGUCUCAGCAAUAAUGAUGAUAAAGAUAAUGAUAAGGAAAAUGAUAAUCGCAGUGCUUUGGCCACCCAAGCCGUCAUACAACGAAGAAGAAAACCAAAACGUCGCUCAACUGGUGUUGUACAUAUUGAUAUGGAUGAACUAGAUCCAGAGAAGCAGGAUUCUGCCAACGACAAUGAGGAAAAAGAUAAAGAAAAGGAGAGCGGUAGUGAAAAUCGUGCUUCACGAUCACGUGCCGGUAGCACAGUGUCGGUAGCCACAUCGACCAGUUCGGCCACAGAUGAUAAGAAGACACGUGAUAAAACAGAAAGCAGUGGUGAUAAUAUCGAUUACAAAGCCUUGUGGGAAGCUGUGAAAUUGGAAAAUGAAAAACUACGGGCACAGCUGAAGAAGAAAGACGACGAGGUUAUACAGACACGUGCCACAUUGGAAAGAUUUGCUAAUGCUCUACUACAGAAGUUAAAGAAUGAGAACGAACGUUUACGUGCUGAAAAUCGUGCUCUCACACGUGUUGUCUCGAAGUUGACCUCAUCGGCCCAGAGUCAACUAUCGAAGGCCAAUAAUAAAAAAUAA